CCAGAUAUCGUCUACCUCAGCUCCGUCCAAUCAGUAGAGGUGGGGGCGUUCCUCUACCGUUGUUCCACACCGCCGUGGGAACCAUAACAAACAGCACCGACCGACAUAUGGACUCCGGGUGACGAGAAAAGCAACCAACAUUUAAAACAGACACCUGCAGUCAUGGGCAAGUCUCAGUCACAUUUGGCCAAGCACAAGGACGAAAGCCAGGACGCACUGACGAGUUCAGACUCCCAGAGUGAGAAGGACGAGAAGAAUGAAGAUGUGUCUCAGUUCCCCUAUGUGGAGUUCACAGGACGGGACAGUGUGACAUGCCCCACAUGUCAGGGAACUGGCAGAAUCCCACGAGGUCAAGAAAAUCAGCUCGUGGCCCUGAUCCCAUACAGCGACCAAAGACUCAGACCAAGCAGGACAAAAUUGUAUGUCACAUUAUCAGUUGCACUUUGCCUGCUGCUGUCUGGCCUCGCUGUGUUCUUCCUUUUCCCUCGUCCUAUUGAUGUGUCUUAUGUGGGAGUGAAGUCUGCCUAUGUCUCCUAUGACCAGGAUAAACGCAUCGUCUAUCUCAACAUUACAAACACUCUGAAUAUCACCAAUAAUAACUACUACGCCAUAUCUGUGACCAACAUCACAGCACAAGUGCAGUUCUCCAAGACAGUGAUUGGCAAGGCCAAGUAUAACAACAGCACGGUCAUCAUACCACUGGACGAACGCCAGAUUGACUACACAGUCCCCACUGUCAUUGCUGAUGAUAUGAGUUAUAUGUAUGACUACUGCACCUUGCCUACUAUAAAAGUGCACAACAUUGGGGUCAUGAUACAAGUGACAGUGACAACGUCGUACUUUGGCCACGCCGAGCAGGUUUCCCAGGAGACAUAUCAGUAUGUGGACUGCGGGGGGAACACCACGUCCUUGCAUGGACAUGUGCAGGUCUUCAAAUAAAAGCACAGACAAAACACAAGAACCUGUUAAAUACUGCAGUGACUGAAGUCAACUGGGCUGACUUUAGUAGAAAAGCAUGGGAAACCUGGGACUGGGACUGUGAAAUAAUGUGUCAUCCAGGUCAGGAAAAUAACUCCAUAUUGUUAAUUUAUCAAACUGACUGGAAAAGCAGUCAAACCGACUUACCACAGCCACAAUUUUCCUGAAGGCUUGUGGUCAUUUACAUCCUGGUGCCAACAUUGUAUAAUUUGGUUAAUUUUUUACCAACAGGUAUCCCCAUGUUUACAUAGUUUAACAAUAAAUGCACUUUAGCCAAGUACAUUAACCUUGUCCUUAUCAAUAGAAAAAUCUGAUGAAUGUUGUACAGCAGAUAUAUUGGAGUUACUUUCCCCAACCAUCUGAUACCACUCUGAAGUACUUUGAAUACAGAUGAACCACUGGGCUGUUAAACUACAGGGAUCCACAAAGUCUCAUUACAAGUUAAAACAUUUAAAGCAAUUGAUUAGAUAUGUUAAUCAGAUUUCUUCCAUGUACUUAGUGGUUAUCAAAGUUUUUAAUCACAUUAUGGGAUUAUGUGCAAUCAAAUGAUUGGUUCAUUUUUCUUCAACGAGAGAUCAAUUACUGCAGAUUUUUACCUUGACCUUUGGACUGAAUAUGUGGCACCACAACUGGAUGACCUUCAACCAACCAUCGUUUUCCUGGUAGAUAAUGCACCACCGCAUUGACUUCCUAAAUCAAACAUUUCCAAACCAGUGGAUUGGAAGGAAUGGCCCAAUUCCCUGACCACUUCGUUCACCAGAUAUUACUCCCCUGGAUUUCUUUCUUUGGGGUUAUAUCAAAGACAUCAUGUAUCGAACAAAGAUAUGGGACAUCAGCGACUUGAAGCAAAAGAUCACUGAUGCCAUUGCCACCAUUGAUGAGGCUAUGCUUUUGUAAUAAAUUUGUUAAAUUGUAAAGAGACUUUAUGGAUACCCUGUGUUACAUUCCUUUUGAAACCAGUAGUUCUUUUUUCAUUUCUUCAUUUUUGUUGUAGAUGACAAGCUAUGUUGUGAAAAUUUGGGUUGUUAUUAUGGUUGUUUUUUUGUUUUUUUUUUCUAUUUUUGAUCAGUGGUCCUCAGGUUAUUUAGAGUUUUAAGUAGAGGUUAUAUCAGUGUCUGUUCUUUGGACCAUCAGCCUUUUUUUCUUUUAAUUACCAGUUUAAAAAGGGAAUAUUUGAUUUUAUUUUUUAACCUGCGGGUAUUUCCGUGUACAAUUUCAGAAACUUCACAAGCGAGUGUAAAGACGAUGUUCUAUUCUUAUAGCUUCACAACACAUUAAUGGAGAAUUAUUUCUGGUGUGAACCCAACUUUUUCCUCUUUAAUAAUGUUUUAUUUUUUGUGGUAUAUGGUGUCAUCCACCAUCUGACGUCAUGUUUGUGCCAUUUUAAUCCACUCUGUAGCUUUGACUGGCAUCAUGAGUUGGCUGCUGUUAGGUCAUGAAAUGAAUUAUUUGCAGUGUGUACUCAAAUUGCUGUGUGAGGUUUCAGAGUUCUCUACAGUACAGAGCAUAAACAGUGAAACAUAGACAACCAUCAACUGUCAGUUUCUGGUGAUUAUUUAUCACAUAGGUCAUAACACUCCAAACUGUUACAUUGUUUUAACAGCAUCACAAUUCCUACAGUUGUCAGUGAGAAAUCUUUUACCCCAGAUCCACUUAUUAUUUUAAUAACCUACAGAGCAGAUGUGAGUACUCUUCUUUAUUAUGACAUCAACACAGUGGUAUGUUUCUCAUGCAUGAACUUCAAAAUAAAAUCAUGUUUGACUUCGAGA